AUGUAGCGCCCAUAAUAUUUGAUACUUACAACUUAUAGUUUUACACAAUGUGAAUCGUUUAAAAUUAAUAGUGUGAUGGAAAUUAUAUAGUAUAAGCAAACACAAUCAUGGAUCAUUAUUUAACAACAUACAGGAAGGACUAUCUUUGGCCCAAUUUGCCCGGAGCUGGUGGUGGAGGCGGUAUUGCAGAUGUCCCCAAGCUAUCAGGGGAGGAGCUAGCCUUCUACCAGGCAUGCAUGCAGCACACGAGACCGCCGGACUGCCGCUGCCCGCAGUACUCCGGCGAGCAGGUGCAGCUGCCGCCGGGUAAGGAGGGAGGAUGGAGUCGGAAUGAGUUGAUGGGACCGAUGUUGGAUCCAAAACUGUACCCAGUACGAGUGGCAGCCAGCCCGGAGUCACCCACGUCGCGGUAUGAUCAGCCCAAUGCAUUCUUGGACAAGUUACAGUCAAAGUAUCCAAUGCUGUAUAGCAUCCUACAGAAUGAAGCUUCACCAGAAUUGAAACAGAGAAUCGAUCGUGACAGAAAUAAGACGACGUACCAGGUUGAUUUCUGCGAAUCAGGUCCAGGCGCCAAGUUCGAAGGCCUCCAACGUGCAGCUGACGAGAGCGGUACGGGUCCAUGUGCGCAGCCCAUGCGGCUGCCGGGCGACCCGUGCCGUGUGGGGCCUAAACCCCGCAUGACUACGCCUAAGACGAUAUCCAAGCAAGGGGGAGGCGCUAGCGAGCCGAGGGCUAAAUGCGAAACUACGUCAGCCGUGCCUCCGCUCGGUAAGACCGAGUACCAGGAUGGAGUGUCGAAGCUCGGAGGCAUUAUUAUGCGAGACAAACUACAUAGAAGAUGAUAUAGCAGUGUAUUGGAGAAAUCUUCGUGUU